AAUAUCAAAACGCGAACUACUGAUAAAUUUCGCUGCUCGGGCUGUCGGUGCUUCAUAUCAAGCUUAAAGUUAGUUGAUUACAGUCGGCAGACAUUGGCAGGAGCAAGCAACCAUCCUUUUCACAGAAAUAAUUUCAGAACUGCUACAUCAUGGCACAGCCCCCAGACUACUCCAAGCCCCCGCCCUACAACCCACAGUACCCCCCAGCGCAGGGAUAUCCACCACAGCAAGGUUAUCCGCCCCAGCAAGGGUAUCAGUCGCAGCCCGGUUACCCAGCACCGCCUCCCCAGGGCCAACUGCAGGCAGGUUACACUCCACAAAAAACAACUGUGGUAGUGCAAUCCUCGAGUUCAAGCCAGUUUGGAAGAUCUCUAGGAGGGCUCUUCAAGUCGGCAGAGAAGGCCGUGGGAAGAGCUGCAAAUACUGUACAACACGAAGUGGACCGCUACGCAAACUCUCCAACAAUUAUGAUGUUCAACAGUGGUAACGUGAUCCGUCUGCAAUCCAAGGAGACGGGUCGCUACCUGCAGGUGUUGAACACCGGAGCUCUCGGUGCCAACGCAGCGCCUGGGGAUCCAUCAGCUCACUUCACUGUCUUAAACUGUGGCCAUAAUAUGGUCAUCUUACGGAGUGCCAUCUAUCCCACAUGUCACAUCGCAAACCACGGUGGCAACAUGGUCGGAAAUGGCAACGGGGAUCAUUCUUGCCGGUUCCGUCUCCACGAGACCAUGACCGGCUUCGUCACCUUGGAAUCUUUCAACCCGGCCAACCACCACAUCGGAGUGACGGCGGAGGGCCAGAUCAAGCCGGGUCAUCUGGUAGGCAAGGACAGCUCGGCCAUGUUCAGCCCUUCCAUGGUGACAGGGACCCACGUUCAAUCUGGGUAUGUGCAGCAGAUGACCACUACCACAACAUACAAAGCCAAGUAGACCGCCCUCUCUUGUUGGAUGGCAGACGGGCUCAUUGUCUAGCUGAAAUUGUGAAUGCCAGUUACUGUAGGUAACCUCUGUAGAUGUAUAAAUUCAGAGGCCACAUCAAGUUAAUAUUGAACAAUUUAUUGACGCUUUGUGACAACCGUAUCCGUGUGGUGGUUAAACACUGUUUGUUGUUAUUAACUUGAUGAAUAUACAUGUAUCAUGUUCAGCCCAUUCUGAAUGCGGAAUCACCUUCAAUGAUCUCCGAAAAAUAUCUCUUACAAGCAAGUGGCAGUUUGUAAGAUGUUUCACCACGAAGUCGCACUCAAAUCUAAUUUGUACUGUGUUGGACGUUAUAACCUCUCCAAGGAGGCAUCAUACAAAAAAGAAUUGUUCCAUUGUAAAAGGAAAUGAAAUACCAAUUAUGUCAUGUAUUCCAAACAAAUGAAGAAAAUGUGUUACUGAAAAGUGUAAAACGUUUUGCCGUGGCAAGAUGAAUCAAUGCCCUAGACGCAAGUCAAAAUGUUAUGAAGAGUUAAACAUCAUCCAACCUGGGCCAACCAACCCUCAUCCAUGUUUUAGUGCAAAAUGAAAAGCCCAAUUACAGUGAUAAGUGUAAUGAGCGCUGUGUUGGAAAAAAAGAUGGAAGCAGGGAAAACUGUUUUGAUGUAGAAUAGGGACCAUAACCUCACAUAUCUCUGUGUUAUCAUUUUACACUGUCAAGGCAAAGUGACGUAAAAGAAUUUCACUGUUAUCUUUUGGAGCACGAACAGAAAAUGUCGGAAGUCCUAGAAAUACUUGCCAUGAGUACUGUGGUCUUAGCCAUAGUGUAACGUCAGUGCUUACUAGCUUACCAUGAAUGAAAUACUUGUAUUUUUGCUUUUUAUGUCUAAUGAUGUGUAAUUGUGUACCCACUAUGAUCAUUUCAAUGUAGAUACAAAGUACCUAUGUAUAACAUCAAACUAAAUAUUAUGCAUUAAAUAUAAACUCAAAGAGUUUUGUCAGUUGCUAACAAGAA